AUGGCAUUACCAUUUGUUGAUGCCAAGGACAUGAUUGAUGAGAUGUUCCCUGACAAAAAGUCAGAUCCUUCUCUGGGUCUCAUGAGUCGUAUUCUGUCAGCACAAAUGAGGAUUUCUCAUGUCUCUACUCUUGCACUUGCGGCGAUUACACGCGGUGCAAGGAGCCUUAGACAAAGGGCUGAAAAGAGAGAGGCUGAUUUAUUGGCCAAAGCGGCCGAGAAUGCCCGAGCAUUCCGGGACGGCGAGGAACAGUUAAUGGCCCUCUUCAAGGAGAUUUACGAAAACGACAACGCUUCCCCUCCCACCGCAAAGCUCUCGGGAUUGAACCUCAACGCCGGCUCAUUCGUCCCCCGUGUCGCCGCAAAGGCCUUUGUCCCCUCAUGGAUGCCGCCACCCGCUGCCGCUGCUCCCCCCGCAGCUGCCGCCUCUUCGGGAAUUGACUUCAACCGCCCUCCUCCUGCCGCAGUCGUCAACAAGACUGUUGAGACCCUUGCCCCUACUUCCUCGGGCAUUGACUUCAACCGCCCUCCUCCUGCCGCAGUCGUCAACAAGACUGUUGAGACCCUUGCCCCUACUUCCUCGGGCAUUGACUUCAACCGCCCUCCCCCCGCUGCUGUCGUGAACAAGACCGUUGAGGACCCCAAACCUGUCACCCCCGCCCCUGUCGUCAAGCCUGCCUCGCCUGCCCCUGCUGCCAAGCCCGCUGCUGCUGCCCCCAAGAAGCCUUCUGCCCCCAAGGCAGCUGCUCCCCCCGCUGCUGCCCCCGCUGCUGCCCCCGCUGCUGCUGAGGUCGAGGAGGAGGUCGUCGAUCAGGAGACUUUGACCGAGUUCUUUGGAAAGGAGCACAUGAACGUCAUCUUUAUUGGGCACGUCGAUGCUGGAAAGUCGACCAUGGGUGGACGUAUCUUGGAGGCUUCUGGAAUGAUUGAUCAGAGAACUUUGGAAAAGUACGAGAAGGACGCCAAGGAGGCUGGACGUGACUCCUGGUAUUUGUCUUGGGCUUUGGAUACCAACGCCGAGGAGCGUGCCAAGGGUAAGACUGUCGAGUGCGGACGCGCUUACUUCGAGACUGAUGUCCGCCGUUAUACCAUUUUGGAUGCCCCCGGACACAAGACCUAUGUUCCCAGCAUGAUUGGAGGAGCUGCCCAGGCUGACUGUGCCGUCUUGGUCAUCUCGGCACGUAAGGGAGAGUUCGAGACUGGAUUCGAAAACGGUGGACAGACCAGGGAGCACGCCCAGUUGGCCAAGAGUGGUGGUGUCAACAAGUUGAUUGUUGUCAUCAACAAGAUGGAUGACCCCACCGUCCUAUGGUCCAAGGAGAGAUACGACGAGUGUGUCACAAAGCUGUCGCCUUUCUUGAAGGCCAACGGCUACAACAUGAAGAACGAUGUCACCUUCAUGCCCGUCUCUGGAUACACUGGAGCCAACAUCAAGAAGGGAAUCGACCCUAAGGACUGCGCCUGGUACAACGGACCUUCGCUGUUGAACUUCCUCGAUACCCUCAAGAUUGCCGACCGCAAGCUCAACGCUCCCCUCCGCAUGCCCAUCAGUGAAAAGUACAAGGACAUGGGUACCAUUGUUGUCGGAAAGAUUGAGGCCGGUUCGAUCAAGAAGGGUGCUCAGCUCGUCAUGAUGCCCAACUCUGCUAAGGUCGAGGUUCAGCAGAUCUACAACGAGCUUGAGGAGGAGAUUCCAAUGGCCGCUGUUGGUGAUAACAUUCGUCUCCGUCUCCGUGGCAUCGAAGAAGAAGAUAUCCUGAUUGGUUUCGUCCUCUGCAGCCCUAAGAACCCUAUCCACGUUGUUUCCAAGUUUGAGGCACAGCUGGGAAUCUUGGAUCACAAGAACAUUAUCUGCGCAGGAUACACGGCCGUGUUGCAUAUUCACAACGCGAUUGAGGAGAUUACGUUAUCGGGGUUGAUCCACUUGCUCGACAAGAAGACUGGACGCAAGUCGAAGAGGCCUCCUCAGUUCUUGAAGAAGGGCCAGCAGGGUAUUGUGAUGAUCGAGACCGCAGGACCACUCUGUGUCGAGACCUUUGCUGAUUCCCCCCGUAUGGGCCGCUUCACCCUCCGUGACGAGGGCAAGACCAUUGCCAUUGGAAAGAUUACCAAGCUCUACCUUGCCGAGGAUGCUUAA